AUGUUUAUCGGUGUUGAUAUCGGGCUGGAAGAUGCCUCGGCAGAUUAACUAACCCGGCCCGAACAAGGUUAGCUUCGGGAUCGGCCAACGCUCCCCGCAAAAAGGCCCUAGGAAUUGCCGAAACCCUAACUGCGAAUCCCUUCUUCAUCGUUCUUCGCAUCCAACCUCAACACGGGGUUUGUUUUCGCUCUCACGUUGCCAAACCACAUUCCUUACGUCUAUUGGGCUAUUUGUUUCUAUUCCUUCUGGUUUCUGCAGUAUAUUUGCGUGUUUACGUCUCCGGUUGUCUGUUUUCCUGUCAAAGUCUAGUAACAAUAAUGCCGGCAAAAUCACCGUAUCCUUUGUUAGACAUACCAAAUGUCGAUCUAUGGACUCUUCUGUUUGAAAAUAAGGAGCGGCCUUUCCCUGAUGACCAAGUGAUAUUCCAGGAUGCCGACACCCUCCGAUCAUACACCUAUGCCCAGGUGAAGUCCACAGCCCUUGAAUUUGGAAUGGGCCUCAAGGCUGCCUGGGACUGGAAAAAGGGCGAUGUUCUAGCAAUCAUCUCGCCCAACAGCAUCGACAUGCCCCCCGUACUAUGGGGGACCCACUGGGCCGGCGGCAUCGUCUCCCCAGCCAACCCAGCAUAUACCGUAGAUGAGCUGGCCUUCCAGCUCAAGGGGAUAAAAGCCAAAGCGCUCGCUACCCAAUUAGCGCUCGUGCCAACCGCCAAGGCCGCCGCGAAGCUGGCCGGUAUUCCGGAAAACCGUAUCAUCUUGCUGGGUGAUGCGCGGGAUCCGAGUGCGAAGUUCAAGCAUUUCACCUCUGUGCGGAAUAUAUCUAAGGCUACAAGAUAUCGCAAGACACGCAUCGACCCUGCGAAGGAUCUGGCGUUUCUGUCAUUUAGUUCGGGCACGACGGGCGUGCCCAAGGGGGUGAUGCUGUCGCAUCGGAAUAUUGUUUCGAAUAUCAUGCAGUUUACAGCAGGAGAAGCGGGCAACCUGACCUGGCACAGCGAUAAAGUGUUGGCGUUUUUACCAUUCUUCCACAUAUACGGCCUGACGUGUCUGAUCCACAAAUCCAUGUACACCGGCGUGCACAUGGUCGUCAUGUCCAAAUUCGACAUCGAAAAGUGGUGCGCCCACGUCCAAAAUUUCCGCAUCACCUUCUCCUACGUCGUACCCCCAGUCGUCGUUCUCCUCGCCAAACACCCGGCCAUCGACAAAUACAAUCUCUCUUCCCUACGACUGCUGAACUGCGGCGCCGCCCCGCUCAGCCGCGAGCUCGUGGAGGCCAUGUCCGCGCGCAUCAAGACGGGUGUCAAGCAGGGCUACGGCCUUAGCGAGACCAGCCCUACAACCCACACGCAGGCGUGGGCUGAUUGGGAUAAAUACAUCGGCUCAGUAGGCCGCUUGCUACCCAACCAGGAAAUCAAGUACAUGACUUCGCCCGACGACGGGAGCGAGCCCGUCGAACUACCCAUUGGGAAGACGGGGGAGAUCUACAUACGCGGCCCCAACGUAUUUCUGGGAUACCUGAACAACCCGUCGGCGACGGCUGAGUGUCUUUCGCCCGACGGCUGGUUCCGAACGGGCGAUGUCGGACACCAGGAUGAACAUGGUAAUCUAUACAUCACCGAUCGCGUCAAGGAGCUUAUCAAGUACAAGGGUUUCCAGGUUGCGCCGGCAGAGCUUGAAGGCGUUCUUGUGAAGAACGAGGCGAUUAGCGACGUUGCUGUCAUUGGCGUGGAGAGCGAAGAGCAUGGCUCCGAGGUGCCGCUCGCCUACGUUGUGUUGAAAGCCAAGGUGGCAGGAAACGAGGCUGCGGCGGAGGCGGAAAAGAUCAUGAAGUGGCUUGCGGAUAAAGUGGCGCCGCAUAAAUGGCUGCGUGGAGGGGUGAAGUUCAUUGAUGAGAUUCCUAAAAGCGCUAGCGGCAAGAUUUUGAGACGUGUGCUGAAGGAGCGCGCGAAGGGAGAUGCUGACGGCCCGGUGAAGGCGAAACUAUAAAAAGCCAGUCUAGCUCUCGUUUGGAUUUUUCAUUCUUUUGACUCUCCUUCGGGCGACUUCAAAUUCGGCCGGUGGCUUUUGACCCAAAGUUCCCUGUGCAGCUGUUAGAUAGUAAAGAUUCUUCAUUCAGUACCCCCUACAGCUAGAUCAAGUAUCAUUCGUCUUCUUGUUUGUGUUUUCUCGUCGAAUCAUACGAGUUAUUUAAGCAUUUAAAGA